CCCCAUCAUUGGUGUCAGUGGAAAGAAACGUGCCCCAUCAUUGGUGUCAGUGGGAAUAAACGUGCCCCAUCAUUGGUGUCAGUGGGAGGAAUAGUGCCCCAUCAUUUGUGUCAGUGGGAAGAAUCGUGCCCCAUCAUUGGUGUCAGUGGGAGGAAUAGUGCCCCAUCAUUAGUGUCAGUGGGAGGAAUAGUGCCCCAUCAUUAGUGUCAGUGGGGGGAGGGGAUAGUGUCCCAACAUUGGUGUCAGUGGGAGGAAUAGUGUCCCAUCAUUGGUGUCAGUGGGAGGAAUAGUGUCCCUUCAUUGGUGUCAGUGGGAAGAAUAGUGCCCCAUCUUUGGUGUCAGUGGGAGGAACAGUAGUGUCCCAACAUUGGUGUCAGUGGGAGGAAUAG